AUGUGUAGUUUUGACCCUAUGUAGAUUGUUGUAAAAAACUAUUUUGUACAAAAUAAAUCAAGAAUGAGUCGAAGGAGCAGCGUUAAUUCAACGUACAGUGGGAGAAAUCGUUCAAACGGCGACGAAACUGAAUAUAAAGGAGCUUUUAUCAGCGUGGUAAAAACUGUGAAUGAAAAUAUAAGUACCCGACAACAGCUAACACAAGCAUUACAAUACGCUGGUCGAAAUCCAACGGCAAAACAAGUUGCAAAGAUCUGGUCAGAUUCUCCAACUGGAGGAAUUAGUUUUAAAGAUUUUUGUCGAAUAAUCAAAGAUUUUAAACCAACAUCAAAAUCUCAACUUCUUGCUGGUUUUCGUAAAAUUGACAUCAAUGGUGAUGGAUUUAUUUCUGAAUCUGAACUUUACCGACUUUUCACGGCACGAGGAGAAAAAAUGACAAAAUCUGAAGUGAAGAAACUUCUUGAUUCUGCCGAUGUUAAUAAAGAUGGAAGACUCGAUUAUGAUGAGUUUUGUGAUCUAAUGUUAUCAACAACAACACGUUGUAAAGAACUUAUCAACAAGAAAUUAUUAAAAACAACAACAACAACAACAACUGAUGAAGUGGAAACACCAGCAAAACCUGUUCCCACAAAAAGGCUAUCACAGGCAUCGUUACAAAACACAAGUGAUUUGUAUAAGCGAACAGCAAUAAUACAGAAGAUGACAGAUGCAAUUGUGGUUAAAGGACCUGCUCUUACAGAUGUCAAAACACCAAAACCAAAAUCAUUGAAAGGAUGGUCCCAUGCUAAAAGUAAAGGUUGUUUUUAUGUGGAUAGCAGCGAUGAAAUAGUUGGACACACUUACAAACUCGAACUUCCUUUUGCUUCAAAUGUCCACUUGGUGGUGCAAUCGAGCACACUCAAAAACGAUGCAGAAUCAUGGACAUCCACAGUAGACAUCGGUGCAUUUGUGUUUCGUGAAUCAAAAUCUGAUGAUGAAAAUAAGUUUUUGUUCAUCACUGAAUGCAAAGACAAUGGGAAAAAUUUUUGGACGGGUGAUUUAAGAAGUGGUUCAUAUGUGAUUAUACCUUUCACGUCGGGAUGUAAAUUGAAAUCACGUGAUCAUAAUGAUGAGGAUCUUCCACUCACAAGAAAAGAUUUAAAUGAUGAAGUGAAACUUACAAGACCUUUCUGUGAAACAUUGGCCGAUAUAUUUGAGUUGUGUGAUUUGGACGACAACAAUAAGUUAAGUCGUGAUGAGUUUAAUUGGUUUCAAGUUCGAACAAACGAUGAGGAAGUUGAUGAUGAUGCUUGGAAAGUUGUGCUCGAAAACUUUGAGACAGAAGAAGGUGAGAUGACGAGGAAAGGAUUUGAGGAACUUCAUCUCAUGCAAGCUCAGGAGGAGGAGAACGAUCCACAACAUGAGUUCAUAGAAAUGUUAAAAGCCGUUGGGUUUAACGGAUCAUUAGAUCUUGUACAGGCUUGUCCUUUCCAAGUUGAGGUGUUUGCAAAGGAAUGCAACCCUUCGUUGUCGGUUGCAUCUCUGAGUUUGCCGGAAGAGCGCGUGAUGAGGGAAGCGAUGUUUAAGAGCAUCGAAUCAACAUCCGAAGUUGUUCCUCUCAAACUCAUAGAUGAGUUAUCAUGGUUUGUUUAUUUCUCCGAUUCACGUGCAUCAAGUUUCAUGAGAAACAAGACGGCAAGAGCAAUAGAAGUAAACGUCAAUUGUUCGCAAUCAAAGAACUGUAUGACAUCACAAAGAAAGGAUAACUUCAAUUUGAAAGUUCCAGCGCAUGGAACUGUGAUGGUGGACCACAGUUUACCCGCGGUGGAAAGUGAAAAAUGGUCGUACCAUUGUUGCAUCACAAAGCCAACCAAAACAGCGAGCAAACCGACAUCAAAACGUCCUUCCUCCGUUGCAAGCAGCAAGAAAGAAUCAAUUUUGUCAAUUUUUAAAUAAUUUUGUUAUGUAGUCAUUAGGUUGUAUUUACACUUUAAGCUGCUGUUGCUACCAGGUAAAGCAUAAUUUUAACAGCUAUUUCAGACUUUUAUUGUCCCUGGCAUCAACAGUUUAUAUAUAUAGAAUAUUUUAACUUAAAAACAUUCAUGUGUUUCUGUUGCUUUUCACAUGCAAGUCAACAAGUGUAUAAAUGUAAUAUUUUAAAUUUUUAUUUAAAUGCACUUAAAAUAUUUGUAUGUUAUUAUUUAACUUAAACACAAAUAGACAUGAAAUAUGUUACUCAUGUUACAAAUGCUCAUUGU